AUGUCAUUGACUGUGCCGGGAUUCGAUUUCAGAUUGACGCCUCAGUUCGGGUUUUCACCGAUCGGGGACCAUAGUUUCGCCGAUGUUGAUAAUCUCGAUCACUGUGUGAAAUACUUAAAUCAAAGCUUAGUCACUUAUGGAUUCUCUGCUUCGCUCGACCUCUUCGCUACCGAUCCUGUUUCGAUCGCGAGGACUUGUAAUUGCAUAUACGCUUUGAUUCAACAGAGACAACGAGAUGUUGAAUUUAGAGAAUCUGCUAAUGAUCAGAGACAACGGAAGAAUCUUGCGACUGUUUUUGGUUUUAUACUUUUAUCAGAUAUGGCGAGGCUCGAGGCGAAAGUUGAAAGGCUUGAGACUCAAUUGCAAGCGAAAGAGAGGGAACUUGGUUCUGUUACGAGAACGGAAGCCAAAAAUACAGCGGCUUUAAAGGCGCAGAAUGAGAAGCUACAGAAAGAGAGAGAUGAGUUUCAGAGGAUGGUGAUUGCUAAUCAGGAGAGGUUAAACCAAGUUUUGAUGGAGAAAAAGAAGGAAACCAGAUCAGGCAUGGAGAUUAUGAAUCUACUCCAGAAAGAAGGGAGACAACGUGGAACGUGGAGCGGGAAGAAAACUGACUCUGAUUUCUACAAAAAGAUCGUGGAUGCAUAUGAGGCGAAAAAUCAAGAACUAAUGGCAGAGAACACUGAUUUGAGGGCGUUACUGCGAUCCACACAGGGAGACAUGCGUUCUUUCUUGAAUGCUAAUGGAAGUCACAGCGCAGACCCUUCUCAAUCUCCUUUGGGCGGGAAGACGGACGUUUUCGACCUACCUUUUCGUAUGGCUCGAGGUCAAAUAGAAGAUAGUUUACGCUCUAAGAUGGUUUCAAUCAAGGAACGUAUGGGUCAGUUAGUAGACGCACAAAAAGAAGUAACAAUUACUUCAGAAGCGACAGAGAGGGAACUUGAACUUGAAGCACAACUAGUCGAGGCACGCAGCAUAAUUCAAGAACAGGAAUCUAUAAUGUCUAAACAUUUACCUAAGACAGAGCGGAGAAGAAACUCAGCUCCUCCACAAUCUGUCAAUGGAUUUCGUGGCUGA